CAUAAUGAAUUAUUGAAUGAGGUUGGCAGGUUUGAGAAGGUUGUCUGGGUGACAGUAUCAUAUCCUCUCAAUGUUUUCAGAUUGCAAGAUGACAUUGCUUGGGCAAUGAACACAGAUCUUUCAAAUUACCGGGGUGAAUUGCAUCGGGCAUCAAGACUGAUGGAGGCUAUGAAAACAGUUAAAUAUGCACUGAUCUUAGAUGAUGUCUGGGAUAAAUUUACUCUUCACAGCAUUGGAAUCCCAAAACCAACAAUGGAAAAUGGGUGUAAAAUUGUUAUUACUAGCAGAUCGAUUGAUGUAUGCAACUACUUGAGAUGUCAGGUAGUUAAAGUGCCACCUCUACCAGAGCUAGAGUCUUUGAACUUGUUUUUAGAUAUGGUUGGGCAAGAUGUUCUACGAAUUCCCAAUUUGGAACAGAUUUUGAAGCUUAUGGUGGCUGAAUGUGCUGGUUUGCCAUUGGCCAUUGUUGUCAUUGCGGGGAGCAUGAGAGGAGUACAAGAUAUUUUUGAGUGGAGAAAUGCAUUACGUGAAUUGCGUCAAUGCGUGGUGGACACAGAGAAAGAUUCAGAGGACGAGAUAUUUAAACAGGAAGCCUAUGAUGAGGCGUGUGUUAAGAUGCAUGAUGUUGUGAGGGACAUGGCAUUGUGCAUCAAAAGCACGGGUCCUAGUAGGUUUAUGGUAAAAGCUAGAAUGAGAUUGACAGAGAUACCAGAUGAGGAUGAAUGGAAUGAAGAUCUAGACAAGGUCUCCCUCAUGAAAAAUGAAAUAUCAUAUAUCCCUCAAAAUAUGUCCCCCAAAUGCUUGAUGCUCUCGACCUUGACUUUGAAGGGUAAUAACAGAUUGAGAGAAAUUUCAGAGUGUUUUUUUACUAACAUGCCCCGGCUGAAGUUUCUUGAUCUUUCUAAUACUGGCAUUGAGGUUCUACCUAAUUCCAUAUGUAACUUGGAAUAUCUCACUACAUUGAUCCUCUGUGGAUGUGAGAGUUUAAAACACAUGCCUUCCUUGUCAAAGCUUAAAGCACUGAAGAAGUUGGAUUUGGAUGGAGCAGGCCUUUGUGAGGCUCCUGAAGGCAUUGAAAUGUUAGAAAAUCUGCAAUAUCUUGAUUUAUCUUGUCCAAAACUCAGGGUGCUUCCAGAAGGAAAAAUCAGUAAGCUCUUCCGCCUCCAAUACCUACGUAAACAUAAGAUUUUUUCAACUGACAUAAGAGCAGAAGAAGUAGCAAGAUUGAAGAUGCUGGAAUGGUUCGAAGUUAGAUUUGUUUGGCUGAAAGACUUCAGUAGUUUUGUUAGCAAGUUGAACCUUUUUGGAAGACUCAGUCAUUACUCUCUUGAAGUCGGGGACCUAGGCGGAGAUAAGAAGGGGCAUUUUUGGGAGUUCAAGAAUAAUGGUCUUCCUAAAAAGGUAAUUUUAAUCGGAUGCCAGAUAAGAGCAAAAGAUGAGUUGGUCCUUCCAGAUGACCUUCAGGAGUUGAGGAUUGAAUACUGCAAUGUGGCUGGUGAUAUUUCUAUUUUUCAGAAAGAUUUUACUCAAUUGCGAACAUGUGCUUUGGAAAUCUGCCAAGGGAUAGGGUUUGUGGUCUCUUCGUCAUCAUCUUCAUCUACUUCCUCGACAGUUAUGAAUAACCUUGAAGUACUAACCCUUAACAGUUUGUUUAGCUUGCGGGAUGUUGUGAAAGUGGAAAAAACAAGAGCAUCGCUUGCACCGACACUAUCCCUUCACAUCUUUUCCAAUCUUAAACAGCUGACAGUAUGCAAUUGUUCAAAAUUGAAGAAGCUUUUUCCAUGUGAGCUGCUGCAGGGUCAGGGCCUCCAAAACUUAGAGCUGAUUGAGGUGAAUAAUUGUAAGGGGAUGGAGGAAAUAAUAGGAUGGGAAGAAGAAGAGGAAGGAAAUCAAACAACUACUCCAAUAUUGAUCACUCUUCCAAAAUUAAGGAUAUUGAAGUUGCAAUCCCUAUCAGAAUUGAAGAGAAUCUGCCCCGAAAGAGGAGUAAUGGUUUGUGAAUCUCUUAAUAGCAUCAAUAUCAAUGUCUGUCUGAAGAUAAAGAGGAUUCCCCUUUGUCUUGGAAGGAAAAACGCGCAACCAUCUCUUCCUGCUGUCAAAUAUAUCUCUAUUUUCAAUUCAAAAAAAUGGUGGGAAUCGUUGGAGUGGGAGAAUCCUGACGAUAAGAAUGUCAUCCUACCUUUCCUCCAAUGUAGUAGCUGCGACACUUGGCUCAGCUCAGGGAGCAAGAACCUGAAUGGAUUUCCUGAGUCAUCCAUUGAAUAUCAAUCUGUAAUUUCUCCAUACAUGUUGGUGCAGGCUGCAUCUCUUACCAUCUCAAACCUAUUUCUUCAACUCAACAACAUAUACAGCCAAGGAAAACAAAAAAAAUUGGGACUCACACUCGCUUCAAUCUAAUGCAAUCUCUGUUGUAAUUUGUUGUUUUGUACUAUGGAUAAACUUUGUUUAAUUAAUGCUUGUUUAGGUAAUAUUUGUUUUAUUUUGUGUUGCAAUAAGCAGUAAAACAGAUUUGAGAAAUUUCUUCUUUUAUAUUUUGUGACUGUUAACUAUAUCAACCUCAACAUCUUAAUUUCUUUAAUCACAUUAUUGUUCAACUCUUGUGGCAAUUGAACCCACAUAUAUAUAUAUAUAUAUAUAUGUAGGCCACAACAGACACUAGGUAUGUAUAUAUGUAGGCCACAACAGACACUAGGUAUGUACGUAUACAAUUAUAUGAAUUUCUCUCAUAUUUUUUUGAUCUAUCAAUUUAGUUAAAAUCUUUUGUGGCUAACUUGACAAUCUCUGUGACUUACCUUUAGAUUUUUUGCAGCCAACACACCCAUAUUUGGAGAUCAACAAUUAUGUAAAAGUCCAAAAUCGGCUCUUAUAUACUGCUUCUCUGAAGUUGGGCCCUAGUGCAACAUCUAACGUAAUGGAGUUUAUGUGAAUUGGAUAUAUAUGAGUUGGUAUAGUUGGCUUAUUGUUCAACUCUUGUAGCCAUUCAACCUAUACAUAGGCCAUAACAGACCCAAGUUCCCUGCCAGAGCACACUUCUGCAGCCCUUCACCGUCUUUCCUCCCGCUUUCAGAUUGUGCUUUCUUCUAUACUAACUGCCUCUACCUUCCUAUUCUACCCUGUGAUUCAUGUGUGAUCAUGUGAAAGUGAAAGGAACAGCAACGACUCACACAUUGCCUCUGCAGGAUCUUCACAUUGAUGAUUGCAAAGAGUUAUAGCAUAGAAAAAAGAGGAAUGAAAUCAGACAAUGGAUGGAAGAGCUACAUUCACUCUUCCAAAAUUAACCUACUUUGGGACUUACAUGACGACACAGAAUUGAAGAGAACCUGCUUGAGCAAUG